CUGACCUUUCGUUAAAUAAGAAUUAUGUUGGAAGUAAAUAUCCGGAUCUUUUUGGGUCUAGCACCUUGCUUUUUUUUUUCUUACAAAAUAACCCUCCUUACUCCCCACCUCCCUCAACUUUUCUGCAAUUUCUCCUUCCCGAAUCACCAAAAUGGAAUGUACAAGGUUUAAUGCUUGGAAUAUUCUCAAUGGCUAUCAAGGCCACCAUGUGGAGCAGUGCUUCCUGGACCUGGUUUCUUCUUGGCAUCUGGACCCGGCCCAGUGCUACAGGAUCAUCUGCUUCAUCUCCUGGAGCUCCUGCUUCAAUUGUGCCCAGGAAAUGGCUGGGUUCCUGAGGGAGAAUAGACACAUGAGCUUGCAUAUCUUCACUGCCCACAUCUAUGAUUACCACCCAGGAUAUGAGGAGAGGCUGCACAUGCUGCAGGGAACUGGGGCCCAAAUUUCAAUCAUGACCUCUACGGAUGUGUAAGACAUGCCUGCUUCCCCUUUGCCUUCUGCCAUGAUUGUAAGUUUCCUGAGGCCACCCCAGCCAUGCUUCCUGUACAGCCUGUGGAACUAAAUUUUCCUCAUUAAAUGCCUGAAUGUUUACACCAUAUAGCCAAUAUCCUCUACUGGUCCCCAACAGAUGACUCAGCUGGCUGUUAAUGAACGAUUUGGUCAAAGAUAGAAACAGACUAAAUGUGAGUUUGAGGAAGCCCUGGAGCCAGUUUCAAGUAUAUGGUGACAUCUCUCUGGUGGUCAGGUGGACCUGAUUUUUUCUAUAUACCAUUUCACAGUGAUUAUUUUUCUUCCUGUAUAUUA